AACAUCAUUUGUGUAGUUGUGUUUAUAAUUGCAUAACAGGGUACUUCCCUCUUUAUUUUGCCCAUAUUUUAUGCUUCAAUUUAUGUCGAAUGGUUUUGUAUAUGGUUAGCAAUUCUGGGUAUGUUAAGUACAUACGAAUUUCAGCAUCAAACGACGGAGAUUGAAACUUUGGAGGUGUGACAGCAAAAAUGGAAACUCUUCAGAAACUGGCCCGAUCGCUUCGUACAGCAAGAGCCUCUGAUUUACCUGAAGAUAAUGAUUCAGCUUUCUGUAUCUUAAUGCAAAUGGUCAUGCAAAACCAACACAGAGCUGUGUCAGAGCUUGUUUCAUCUUCUUCCUAUGAUGUGUCCCAUAAAGGUAGCAGGGCUAAACGAAGCCUUCUCCAUGUUGCUGCCAACGUUGGAGCUUAUGACUGUCUUGCAUUCUUGCUGAGAAAAGGAGCAGACGUAAAUUGUCAAGAUAUUGGUGGAGUUACACCACUUCAAUUGUCUGCAAGAAACGGCCAUACAAAGUGCAUUCAAAAACUGCUCGAGUAUAAGGCUGAUAUUCAUAUACAUAACAACGAGGGAAUGACAGCAGUUCAUUGGCUUGCAUCAAAUGGUAGAACAGAACUCCUGGGGGAGCUUCUGAGACAUAUUGUUGAUGUUGAUAUUGAGGACUCUCAAGGACAAACAGCUCUUCAUAAUGCAUGUCUUUCAGGACACACAUCUAGUGUUCUUUUGUUGUUGGAAAGAAAAGCUGAUGUUUCAAAAGCAGACCGCAAAGGAUGUACACCUCUAUACUAUGCUUGCAGACAUGGUCACGAAGAUUGCGUAAGAUUAUUACUUAGUAGAGGUGCACAAAUGUUAUGUACCCAUGACAAUGAAAGUCCUCUUGAAAUUGCUGUGAAGAAUGGUUAUGAGAGUGUGUGUGCCCUCAUUCUUGAGUAUUAUCCACAACUCCUUUCAUCAUUACUGUCCAUGGCUCAAGCAAAGCAUGUUGAGGAAUCUAAGAUUCAAAAAGUUCUUCAAUAUCUCUGCCAUUGUAAAACAUCUUUACAUAACCAAAUCUUAUCUGAUCUUGGCAGCCAUGCAGCAAACGCUGGAUUGGAGUUGCUAAGCUUAUCCAGUGACUUUGAAGCUGCAGUACCCAAGUUCUUGAGAGUCAUUAGAAUUGCCUGCAAACUUUUUGUCAACCCUAUCUUGAUUAACAACCCACGCUCUAGUGUUUAUAAUUCUGGCGUUAAUUAUAAUGGUCGUGCAGACAGUACCAGCAGUCGUAUUCGUGCAGCAUUUACUGGUCGUUCCAUUAGCAGUUCUUCUAAUCAUGGCGAUGAAACAGAUUCUGUGCAUAAAAAUGUUUUUGAGCCACUUGAGGAGGUGUGGCAGGCACUUGAUGAAUGGUUUCUUUUGUUGUUCAAUGAAAUGGAGGAUAUUGGAGUAACGAUAGAAGAUUGUAACGAGCAGGAUAAAGGUGUACACAGUGGUGUAGAGAAAUCUUUUGUAACCCAUCACAUGUCGCAACCAUUAUUUCCAAGAAAUUCAUUCUCAUCUAAACGAGAUGAUUUAUUGUGUGAUCCUAAAUGUUCAUUAUCACGAAGUGUAUCUGCUUCAGGUCGUCUUGGGGGUGACGUAUCACGAAAUGUUGCUGCUGCUUUAGUACCUUAUCGCUUAUGCAGUGAACGAAAUAAACUCCUGCGAAUGGGUAGUGAUACGACUUUUAGACUCAGUCAACCUGCAAUCGAGAUGAACCUUGCCAAUUCAUUCAAUGAUGAUGUUAGUCAUGGCUUUAAUAAUCCCAAUGAUAGUCAUGUGUUUAAUCAACGAUCCAUAAAUAGUCCUGGUACACCCGAGCAAUCCCCUGGUAAUCGUUUCUUUUCGUCUGACCGUAAUGUAAAUGUACAUUUCUAUCAACCAGAAGAAGGUAGAGAUUUGACGUCAAUAACUCAUGUUGACGUCCGAUCACGUGAUGAUUAUGACAGACAUGAAAAUCAUAUGAGUGGACUGGGUUCAAAUGAUAACCAAGACCAUUGUGAGCCUCGCUUUGACUCACGAAUCAUAAGUUCUGCUUUGCCUUCCGUCGAUAGUGACGUCAUUACAAUGACCGCUGACCGUCUGUGUGUUAUUACUCAUGGUUUUUACCUCGUUUGUUGUAACCAAUCACAUUGGGACAGACGCGAAGGUGCUCCUCCAAGAUUCGUAGAUUUCAUCAAUAGACACGAGGCAAUUUUGCAAGCUCUUGUUGCGAGAAAUCCGAAAAUUUUAUUUUCCCAUUUUCAUUUUCUUCUGGAUAGUCCUGUUUUGAUGCAGAAAUUUUUGCAUGUUGUCCUUGCUCAGCCAUUUCAAGAAAGACAGAAAUGGUUUUAUGACAAUCUAUUCAAGCAAAACAAUCAAGAUGGUCCCGGUGCUUUUAACGUUGAUGAAAGAAAUGUUAUCGAAGUAGAAAGAGGUGACACAUUGUUCAACACGAGCUGUGAGGUAUUGUCAAAAAUUAACACGGAAAUACUGAAGAAAUAUGUUGUCGUACGCUUUCUAGGAGAGCCUGGUGUGGGUCGUGGUGUUACCAAGGAAUGGUUGGAUUUGUUAUCUAAGGAAAUUCUUAAUCCGGACUAUGCGUUAUUUACUCAAUCCGUUGAUGGCACAACGUUCCAGCCGUGUAGUAACUCCGACAUUAAUCCGGAUCAUCUAAACUAUUUUCGUUUUGCCGGUCGGAUUAUUGGCCUGAGUUUGUACAAUCGUUUACAUCUCAACGUUUAUUUUACAAGAUCCUUUUAUAAACAUAUCUUGGGUGUACCUGUUAGCUAUCAAGAUGUGUCAUCAAUUGAUCCUGAGUAUGCCAAGAACUUGCAGUGGAUACUAGACAACGAUAUAACUGAUCUUGGUUUUGACCUUACGUUUGCUGUUGAGACUGAUGUAUUUGGUACAAUGAAAGAAGUUGAAUUAAAAACUGGUGGAAGUCAACUAAUGGUUACUGAAGAAAAUAAACCUGAGUAUGUCCAGUUAGUCGCUGAUCUCAAGUUGACACGUGCUAUACGUCCACAAAUAUGUAGUUUUCUUGAUGGAUUUCAUGAAUUUAUCCCUCAUUUUCUGGUUUCCCUCUUCGAUGAAUACGAACUGGAAUUGCUAAUGUCUGGUUUACCCGAAGUUGACAUAAAAGAUUGGGAGAAAAACACUACUUAUGCUAAUGGUUAUGAUGCUGAAUCUCCAGUUAUUUUGUGGUUUUGGAAGGUUUUACGUUCUUUAUCGAAAACAGAUGUUGUAUUAUUGCUACAGUUCGCCACAGGAAGCUCUCGUGUACCUCUUGGUGGAUUCUCUAAUCUUUCUGGAACCAGUGGUCCACAUCAGUUCUGUAUUUCAAAAGUGGAAUUCAAACCUAACCUAUUACCCAGCGCUAGUACUUGUUUCAAUAUGUUAAGACUUCCUGAGUACAGAUCAGAGGAACAAUUGAAAGAAAGAUUACUUGUCGCAUUACGUUGUGGCAGUCAAGGAUUUGAUUUUGCUUGAAAAGUUUACAGAUCAACACCAAUGUAUUGUAAUUACUAGAGGCACUGUGCCGUCAAAGUUUUAGACAAAAAUUAAUGCCAAUGUUUUUUAAAUAAGACUGUAAUCUUCAUCAACACAGUACUUAUUGGUGACUUUCUAAUGAUUUCCUAAAGAAUCUAAACAUCUAAGCUACCUAUUGUUUUUUGUGAAACCGUUAUUUCUUUUGAACGAUUAACUCUAGAAAAUAAUUCCACCAAUUAAUCUCCCUUGUUCAAAAGAAAAGAAUGUGUAAAUAUCUAAUUAUAUAUUCUAUUCAACGGAAAUACCAUA